UGAGGAUGUUCUCAUUCUCUCCCAUCUCCUACUGAAGUGUGGCCGCUGCUGUUUUGGUCUGGAACAAUUUUGGCCUCCAUGAGCACUUCUGAGGAUAUUCAACCUCUCCCUAGAAGAUGGGAAAUACCACAGAAACUGCACAUUUUGUUUCCACAAUCCCAAAGGAGCAUGACGUCUUUAUGGGUUCCAUGUAUACAACAUUCUGUAUUCUGUCUCUCUUGGGAAAUGUAAUACUACUCCUUGUAGCGUAUCGUAAGAGAACAUCUCUGAAGCCGGCUGAGUUCUUUGUCAUAAAUUUGUCUAUUAGUGACCUUGGGAUGACAGCUACUCUCUUUCCGCUGGCGAUUCCAUCAGCCUUUGCUCACAAGUGGCUUUUUGGAGAGCUAACCUGUUUAUGCUAUGCCGUAUGUGGCGUUCUCUUCGGCUUGUCCAGCUUGACAAAUCUCACCGCUCUGUCUUCCGUCUGCUGCCUUAAAGUCUGCUUCCCAAACUAUGGUAACAAAUUCUCCUAUUCUCAUGCCUGUCUGAUGAUAGUGGGCGUGUGGUGCUAUGCCACAGUAUUUGCCGUGGGUCCACUGGCAAAUUGGGGCCACUAUGGGCCAGAACCAUAUGGCACAGCAUGCUGCAUAGACUGGUAUGCACCUGGUCAUGAUACUCUGUCCAUGUCCUACAUCAUCUGCCUUUUCCUCUUCUGUUACGCUGUCCCCCUCGCCAUCAUUCUCCUCUCCUACAUCCUGAUCCUCAUCACAGUGCAAGGGUCACGGCAGGCAGUACAGCAACACAUUUCACCACAGACCAAGACAACAAAUGCACAUAUCCUCAUUGUAAAGCUCUCAGUGGCAGUGUGUACUGGUUUUCUGACAGCAUGGAGCCCCUAUGCUAUUGUAGCAAUGUGGGCUGCAUUUGGAAGACUCAAUCAAGUCCCACCUAUAGCCUUUGCAGUAGCAGCUAUAUUUGCCAAAUCCUCUACCAUCUACAACCCAGUGGUAUACCUGCUAUUCAAACCCAACUUUCGUAAAUCUCUGAGCAGGGACACUGCUCACAUACGCAGACGAAUUUGUUCCAGCCCUUGUAAGGGAAGCUCUGUGCCUGGAGAGAAGGAUUUGAACCAUCAACCAUCCCCACGCUGCAACAAGGAUGUUAGCAACUCCACUCGCUUCUCGAAUGGCCUGGCGGACAGUCACAGGGCUUGUCUUUAUUGCACUGAGGUGGAUACACAAUGUCAACAUGCUACACCUCAAAGGACUGCCUGUGUUCUGGUCGGUACAGCCUUCAGCAGGGUGAGUGUAAGCCAGCUCCCUGAGACAAUGCAAGCUGACCUUAUUUGA